AAUAGCCCACUUCCUACUGUUUUCUUUUUUGGUAGCAAUUCUCAGGCUAUUAGAAUUUAGAAACAAGAAGGCUGGGAAAAUACUAUCUAGUCUCUGAAGUUCCCAUAAAAAAUUGAAGCUGCGGCCAACUAAUUAAACUACCAUCUUUUGCAGAUCUACUUCAGAAUGCAGACUUUGAAUCUUCACCGCGCAAUAUUACUGCCCACCCCACCACUCCUUUCAUGCUCUUAACUGAAACCAACAGCAUUCCUGGCUGGACCUUCGAAGGUACAGUCCGGUAUGUAAUGGCCGGCCCCAAUAUGUCGUUACCGGGGAAUGGUCACGCAAUACAGUUGGGUCCUCAUGGCAAGAUCAGUCAGACAUUUAGAGCAACCAAGGAGGACUACGAUUACUAUGUUCUCACAAUCACCCUUGCUCCAGGACUAGGCCAGAAUUGUUCUAUCUCCACCACAGUCGCUGUCAAUAUUUCUGUGCCUGGUGUGUCGAGACUGUUCACCUUGGAGAAACGAUAUGGAACGGAGACUUGGGAAAGCCAUAGUCUCCAUUUAGGGGGGUGGGGUGGCCGUGACGAUGACGAACUUGUCAACCUAGUGAUUCGAAGCCAACCAACUGAUUGGGACUCUGAUAACGCCUGCGGGCCUGUGGUUGAUACGUUUCUUCUCAAGAGGUUAGGGAUGCCGGGAUCAUACGGAGCGGAUUCGAAGCAGGUUCAGCUUUCCUGCGAAACUCCACGGAGGGUAUUCUCCUUGAUGAAAAUCCAGGUGACACAUUCCGUGCUACAUGACUGGUUCGUGAUAGGAAGGGUCAAAUAUUUAAACUCUGAACAUUAUUCAGUUCCAGAAGGGAAUGCCGCAAUCGAGAUUGUUUCUGGUGCUCCUUACGGGAUCGAAACGAGUCUCCCUCUGGAACUAGGGUCUACUUAUAGCCUGGAAUUCAUUGGAAACUUGAUUGUAUGGGCCCAAGUAGGAAAUACUGUUCAGAACUUCACAAUGCGGAGCAACGGGACCGGCUCAACCCAGAAUUGUUCCAUGACAUUCAAGACGGAUACAAAUCCAGCUUCGAUCAGCUUUGUUAGCUUCAACGAGAAUCGGAGCAGAGAUCUUGUUCCAUGCGGUCCUGUGGUUGAUAACAUUGUUCUUCUCCGCGUACCUUCGGAUGGGAACAGACCAGAAGUGGAACUUCAUUGCUUGGUUUUCUUAGUUUUACUUCUGCAAAUCAUCUUUUAGCAUAAUGAAAGUGUCCGGAGAAACUGCAUAGUGAAAGUGUAAACAUUGAAGCACUGCUUGGACAGACGCCACAUGAAGGGGGCACAUUUCAUUUCAGUUUCAUAUAGCACUCUCACACAUGCCAAGGUUUCCAGAAUUGGAUUUAUUUCAUGCUGUCAAGAAAUAUAACAUUGGGAUAUAUAAUUCACUGUAUCCCAAUGUUUCUUUUUAACUACAGUUGAUUCACUUUCUUGGUGAAGUUGUGCUCGGUGCUCCAAAAUGUCCAUUGUGGAAUCUUUUCAUUUGGCAUCCAAACAAGGCCUGAAAAGUAAGUAAUAUGUUGGAGAAGGAUAAAAGAGAGACGUAGGUGUGGUGGGGUUUUGGUUUUAUGCCUGGUUGUUCAAUAAAUUAUGUGGUAGAUCCAGUCUUGGUCCUUUUUUAACAAUUUCAGCAUCCCCUCCCCCAAGACAAGAUCCUUUUUCCUUGCUUUUAGAAACUUGGCUGAAUAAAGAAACGUUUCAGUUUCUGUGUUUUCA